GAGAGUAAAAAAAGUCCAAGCAGAACAAAUUCAGACAAAAAUAAUCUGUUACUUACGGGACUGCCAUUUCUAUGCUGUCUGAAUCUGCUGCAAAGAGCGAAACGAAAUCAGAUUUUCAAAGCCCGUUGCAGACUGUAGCCGUCUCUCUUUCUCUCUCCUUAGCUCCUAAGUAAAGUUUUCUUUUCCUUCAUUUUUCACCACUUUCCGGGAAAAUCCUCCGGAUCAGAUUUAAUUAGUCCAAAACGGAUGGCAAAUAAGGAAGAUGAGGGUUUUUGUCAUAGCCUUUCAAGGAAAGAGCUUCAAAGUUUGUGUAAGAAGUAUGGUUUACCUGCUAAUAGGUCAAGUUCUGAAAUGGCUAAAUCACUGACCUCGUUUCUAGAGAACCAGAGAUUGAGUUCAAUAACUGCGGGGGAAAGGUUAUAUGGAACUCAAGAGGCUGGACUUCCUUUGUCCCUGAAACUACAAGUGCAGCCUGGAGCGUCGUUAAACUCUUCCAGGGAUGCUGGAAAAGAUUGCUAUGGACUCAUCUCUUGUCCCCUAGACAGGUGUAAUGGAGGGAAUUAUUCUCAAGCUGUUAAAAGCAAUGAAUUGGGUUGUUGCACAGGGAAUAAAUUUUGUGACAAGGAUGACUAUGGUGGCUCUAUUUUUUUCCAGCAAACACCCCAAUCUCAGUUUGUUUCUCAGUAUGAUGACAAUGGUUUUAAGAAUAAUGAGUUCCCGACAAUAUGCUUCAAUAGAAAUUGUUUGAGUCUCAUGAGAGAUGGAAGGAUGAACAAUAUGCUGCCCCAAAUUGAACCCAGAGACUCGAAUGCUGGUGCAUGUUCUAAUGAGAUUGCCUUUCCUUCCUCCAUAAAAACUCCUACAACUGUUUUCCCCGCUACAUUUCAGUUUCAUGUCAGUUCAGAGGAGGGGAUCAAUCUUUACGUUGAUUUAAAUUCAAACCCUUCAGAGUGGGUUGAGAAAAUGAAAAGUGAGGUUUCUAUAUGCCAGAACAUGUCCCAUGGCAAGUCUCGGACUUUUCAUAGGGAGCUUGGGCGCUUUGGAGAGAGUAGUAAACAGAUGAAAAGUUCUUUUCAGUUGAAUGUAGAUGCUGGGAAAAUUAAGGAUGGCCAUGAACACACUGGAUUAUCCCCAAGUUUGAUCAUAAAAGAAAAUAAUCAAUUGCAGCUUGAUCAUCCAGAUGGAGAUGAUGGAUCCUUGGGCUCAACUGUAAUGACACCAUCUGGCAGAGCUGUAGAUGUGUCAGAGCAUUUAGAAGGAGAUCAAGGACUGACCUUAAUUAAAGCUCAUCCUGAUUCUCAGGACCAAAUAAUUUCUGGUGGUGCCAAAGAUGGGUGUUUGAUAACUCCAGAUUCAAAUAUUAAUUCUCAUAGGGAGAAGUUAGCCAGUGAUGCUGUAUUAAAUAUAUCGGAUAGUCCACUAAAUCUUCUCACAACAGAGCAACAGAAUUCUAAACUUGAAAACAAACUAUGUGAGAAUUCUAGCCUGCAAAAUGGUUGUAAUCUUGUCAGUCCUAGUGGAAUAAUUCCUAGAUGCCUGGCGGAUGGUUCAUUGCAGAUACCGAUGCCCCAGGAUGUGGUUCACCACAACGAUGCGUUACAUUCACCUUCUGAAAAUGGUGAAUUUGUGGGUAUGGUUAAUUUAGAGCACAAUAUCUAUGCAGAACAAGGUGGACUUGCAGGCUCAACUGAGCUUGAUCCAAAGACAUAUAGGAACCGACUGCCUACAUUAGUUGAAGAACAGGGUAGGAGCAAAAUUAUUAAUGGGGGAGAGAGUUCGGAAUGCUCACAAGAUGAGUUAUUUGAAAAGAUUUGUGGAGGGCUUGAUAAAGUUGAAUCUAAUGGACUUGGCAAAAAGAGGACAUAUAUAGAUGGUGAUCAAAAUGAUUGUAGCAUGCUUGAUGCCAAGAUUUUAAGAAGCACAAAGCAUCUGAUUAGAAAGGUCCUUCCAAGAAGAUCUAUGCGGCUGGUUUCCAAGUGAGUUUAUGAAGUCUGUGCGGGUGAAAUUCAAAGUAUUGGUUUCAGUUCACAUUAGAAUUCAUUAUUGCAAAGCCAAGUACUGUUUAUAGUUGCUUCAUUCUUUGGAGAACAGUUUCUCCCACAGACAUAAUAAAGUGGCAAGGUAUCAUUCAAGUUGUUUGGUGCCUUCUAAUUUUGUUCUCUUUCAGCAAUUUCCAAAGCAAACUGAAAUUUUUAAAAAUUGAUACAUAAAUAAAGUUUAUCUGUUGCUGCCAUUGUUGUCGUUGUUGUAGUCAAAUAUAUUCUCCAGAUUCAUUUGUUAAACCUCUUUAUUUGUAUAUUUGUUAAACCUCCAGAUUUUUUCAAUAUUUUGGCGGUGACAUUAACUUUGUUAGUCUUGUGAAUUUGAUGUGUUUAGUUUGCUUCAGUUUGAGAACAAGUUGAAAUCUUAUGCACAGCAUGAUUUCAUGUUUUAA